CAGAGGGAGAAUCACGAAGAGGAGGAGGAGGAGGAGGAGUAGAGCUGCUGCUGCUGCUGGUGCUGGUGGUGGUGUGAGCAUGCCGAGGACUUCUCCCUGCGGGUAGAGAGCCGAUGUGUGUACUGACACGGAGCCUCGUCUACACGGGACCCUCACACACACUCGAUAAUGCUAUGAGGAGAAGGUCCAGAGAUGACUGAUGUGGAGCCUGUCGUCACUGACUUCGCCGCCACGGGUCGGACUGGCCGGCGGAAUGCUAUGCCAGAUAUCUUAGGAUCCAAUGCGGGCCCUGGAGCAUCAGAACUGCCAAAUAAACUGGCUGAGCUUUCUGUUGGAGAUGAUGGUGAGCAGCAAGGAGAGGGGUCAUCCUCAGGUGAUGCAGCUAAGAACGCGGGUGAGGACAAGGCAGAAGGAACAUAACUUCACUCAUACACAGCCCUGAACUCGACUCGAGAGAGGAGCCAAGACAACAUCUCGGUCUACCUCUCCUCAGACCCCCAUGACCAGUCCACUGUUACGGCCAUGCUCCGAGCUAUGCAAGGCCACUCUGACGCAGGCCGACGAAGGAGGAUGCCCAUCACACCAUCGGACCUCCUUUAAAAUCCCCAAUAUGUUCAGAGGGCCAGAAACAAAUAUUUCACCUGCUGGGUGAUGGUGAUGAUGUGUCAUUCAUGGGAUUAAAGUCUUAAAGGUGGGAUAAAGGUCUUACGGAAACACAUGGGACAUUUGAAACAAUGGAAAAAAGGGACCUGUUUAUUUAUUUACAGGAAUUGUCUCUGAAUGUUGGUAUGUAGUUGUGAGAAUGUCAGAUUUUUUGCACAACAGAAGUCAAAACAUUCCAUCUGGUGAUGUAAGUACAAUUUUUACCUUCAGUUCGUGGUUGGUCAUUUGUGGUCAGCACCACAGCAUCUACUUUGUGGGUUUUUUACUGUAAAAAUGUGCUUUGUUAACAUUUUUGUGAGAAGUGUUAGUGAGAAGUGUAAAUAUGGAACAGUACCUGACGUCUGCUGAUUCUUUGUUGUCUGCUGCUGUUGGCUGUUGUGUCUGGUAUUGUAUUGCUGAGACUGCAAACAUCAGUUAAGUUGUUAGGUCGGUGUAAUACAAUUUCCCUCAAUGCUGUCAAUAGCAAGACAAAAGAAAACACCUAAAGGUUCAUUUUGUUCGUCUUUCGCUUUUCUUUUUCACUCUGUGUUAUCGUAGGUCUAUACGCUAAACAACAAGCUGUGUGGAAUCAAAUGUCAUUUGUUUGUUAACUUCAUCCUGAAUUCUCAUUACUGUCCAUUGUAAGCUAUGUACAAAAUGUCAUGAUGCUGUACAAUAAAUCCUGUACCUAGUUUUUA